AUCUAUUUUAUUCUCUGUAUAUUCUAAAUCUAUUCUAUUCUCUGUAUAUUCUAAAUCUAUUCUCUGUAUAUUCUAAAUCUAUUCUAUUAUCUGUAUAUUCUAAAUCUAUGAUCUCUUCUUUGAGAGAGAUUGUUCAUGGUUGAAAAAGUGAAAAAAAGUGGUCUUGUUGGAAAAACUCACAUUGAGAGAAUUUUAUCCAAAGCCUGUAUAGUUUACAUAAAUGUCCAUCUUGUAGUUUGUAUUUUUUUUCUUUGGGAUUUUUUUUUGGAUUUGAUUAUGAAUUAAAGAUGGCAACAACCUAAUCUUGUUCCUGUUUUAGGCCUACUUUUGUGUAUGCCAUAUGGGGCUAGAUUUCAGUUAUCCACCCUUUCGUUGCCUCAGAGAAAAGUCAGGAAAGCAAAUAUCUUUUAUCUAACCUCAAUGUAAAUGUAUAUUGAAUUGACCCAGUUGGCUAAAAAUUAUUUAGAAAAUGCACUUUUGACACAGGCAGGGUAUAUCCUAGGCCCAGGGCUGUCUCUGGGCCUACACUUUGCACCUUUUUAAAUACGGAACUCUCAAUAAAUCCUGAUCAGAUUAAUCAAUAUAAUCGUACAAAUCAUGUUAGGGAGCAAUUUCCCAAAUGGGUUUUUAAGUUGGUGUUGAGCAGCAUGUUCUCAAUAACAGAUAAUCCUAAAUGUGAUAAGACAUCCUGAAUACAGAAGCUAUUUAACUAGGAUCAGACAUAAUAAGAUCAAGCUAUGACGUUUGGGCUCUGAUUGAGAUGGGAUACAGACAGCAAAUGACCUUUUUUUUCUGUAGUUUCUUGGUCAUAUGGUGGAGAGCGUGCGUUUUAAAUUAAGUACCAUGGACAGCACCACUGCCGUCGGCACACCUUGGCGCUUCGGCCCGACUUUGAACUCUACUUCCCCGCGAUUCAGAUCUAGUACUGUGGCGCCAACGAUUUUUCCACGGACAGGCUACAGCAUCCUCUCCUAUCUUAUGUUCAUUAAUGCCAUUUUCUCUGUUUUUAACAAUACUCUGGUAAUAACGGUGUUGGUGAAGAAUCGUCCUCUCCUCAACCCAAUGAAUGUGAUUAUCCUCAGUUUAGCCGUGUCUGAUUUGAUGAUAGCCUUGUGCGGUUCGUCGAUAGUCACCAUUACCAACUAUCAUGGUUCAUUCUUUCUUGGCGACGAGUUCUGCAUCUUUCAAGGAUUUGCUGUCAACUAUUUUGGUCUGGUGUCUAUGUGCACGUUAACACUGCUGGCGUAUGAGCGCUACAUCGUGGUGUGUAAGCCCAUGGCAGGCUUCAAGAUGAACAUACGUCGGAGCGUUCAGGGGCUCCUGGGGGUCUGGCUGUUCUGUUUGUUCUGGGCCGUGCCCCCACUGCUGGGUUGGAGCUCCUAUGGACCCGAGGGCGUCCAGACCUCCUGCUCUCUGGGCUGGGAGGAGAGGUCCUGGAGUAACUAUAGUUACCUGAUCCUGUACACGCUGUUCUGCUUCCUCCUGCCUGUCGCAAUCAUCAUCUACUGUUACGCCAAUGUCCUGACCUCCAUGAGACGGCUUAACCGUAGUACGGAGUUGCAGGGCGGUCAUCCCUGUCUGCAGGACAACGAGCGGGCGGUAAGGGUAGUGCUGGCCAUGAUCGGGGCCUUCUUUGUCUGCUGGCUGCCCUACACAGCCCUGUCCGUGGUGGUUGUGGUGGACCCAGAGCUCCACAUCCCUCCGCUGGUGGCUACCAUGCCUAUGUACUUCGCCAAGACCAGUCCUGUCUACAACCCCAUAAUCUACUUCCUAAGCAACAGGCAGUUCCGUGAUGCCACUCUGGAAGUCCUCUCCUGUGGGCGCUACAUUUCCCACGACCCGGCCACCGACACCGUCCCCAUGCGCUCCAUGACCCUGAGGACCACGGUGGGCAGAAAAGAAAAAAACAAGGGAUCAGUGCACACAGCAGGGUGCUUCCUCUGUGACUCCUCUUUCCUCCAUCUCCUAAAUCUCCAUCUCCUAAAUCUCCAUCUCCUCUCUCCUCCAUCUCCUAAAUCUCCAUCU